CUAGAACUAAAAGAAUUGGAGGCGGGUUGAAACGAAACUUAUCUUGGGAAGCUGCAACGAGCGAAGAGCAGAGAAAUGGUGGUUGGGCAGCUUGUUCCUUCGAAUUUGUUCCUGAAUCGUUCUGCUGCGACCAGACACAGACACCUUCUUUGUGUUUCUGCAAAUGACACAACCUCAACCAAUAACACGGAUAACGGUUCUCCAUUCUCAAGUUUCGGAAGACUCAAGGCCCAGAAAGUGAAGACUCUCCUGGUCCACAGAAGAGGAAAGGACCAAAGCCAUAGACGCCCCGUUCACCUUGAAGAUGAUGAUGAUUAUGUAGCCACCCCUAGACCCCGACGCUCUCAGUCUCGUACACGAGGAGGAGAAAGAUGGGAUAUGAUUCCCAAUUACACUCCACCGGCACAAAGCAAAUCGGUGAGCGACACCAAGUUUUUCAGCCUCAAGUCCUUUAAAGAAAUAGGGUGCAGUGAGUAUAUGAUUGAAUCCCUCCAAAAACUCUUGUUUAGCCGGCCUUCCCAUGUACAGGCCAUGGCAUUCACACCUGUUAUUAGUGGAAAGACUUGUGUCAUUGCUGACCAGAGUGGUUCUGGUAAGACAUUUGCUUAUCUGGCUCCCAUCAUUCAGCGCCUUAGACAACAAGAGCUUGAAGGAAUUAUUAGUAAAUCCUCUUCACAAGCUCCUAGUCCUAGAGUCCUUGUUCUUGCACCAACUGCUGAGUUGGCUUCUCAGGUCUUAGAUAAUUGUCGCUCCUUGUCUAAAUCUGGCGUUCCAUUCAAGUCUAUGGUUGUCACCGGUGGUUUUCGACAAAAAACUCAACUGGAAAAUUUACAGCAGGGAGUUGAUGUCUUAAUAGCUACACCUGGCCGUUUUCUUUUCCUCAUCAAUCAAGGCUUCUUGCAUUUAACAAAUCUAAGAUGUGCUGUGUUGGAUGAGGUAGAUAUACUCUUUGGUGAUGAGGACUUCGAAGUGGCUCUUCAAUCCUUGAUCAAUUCAUCACCAGUUGACACACAGUAUUUAUUUGUGACUGCAACUUUACCUAAAAAUGUUUACACCAAAUUGGUUGAAGUUUUUCCUGAUUGUGAAAUGAUUAUGGGGCCUGGCAUGCACCGAAUAAGUUCUCGCCUUCAAGAGAUUAUAGUAGAUUGCAGUGGAGAAGAUGGACAAGAAAAAACUCCUGAUACAGCAUUUUUGAACAAGAAAACUGCACUUCUGCAGCUUGUGGAGGAAAGUCCUGUCCCAAGAACUAUUGUGUUCUGCAACAAAAUUGAAACCUGCAGAAAAGUUGAAAAUUUAUUAAAGCGUUUUGAUAGAAAAGGAAAUUGCGUGCAAGUUCUACCAUUCCAUGCUGCCAUGACACAAGAAUCACGGCUUGCUAGUAUGGAAGAGUUUACACGUUCUCCAUCAAAAGGAGUCUCCCAGUUUAUGGUUUGCACCGACAGAGCAUCACGGGGAAUAGAUUUUGCAAGAGUGGAUCAUGUCAUACUCUUUGACUUCCCACGUGAUCCAAGUGAAUAUGUACGACGGGUUGGAAGAACAGCCAGAGGUGCCAAGGGAGUGGGCAAGGCAUUUAUCUUUGUGGUUGGCAAGCAAGUAUCCCUUGCACGCAAAAUAAUGGAAAGAAAUCAGAAGGGUCACCCACUACAUGAUGUGCCUUCGGCUUAUUAGCUGGUGAAGUAGAAAGUUGAGUUAGUACUUGGAGAGGUUGCUCUCAACUCGACUGCUGAAACAUACUGUAUUAAUUUGAGUGAGCUAGCAGCUGCUUAACUACUUCUCUCAUCCCAAACCACCUUAUUAAGAGCAACUUGCUGAUCCAUAGUUGGCUUAUUAGUAACAUUCGCAGAAGGUGGUUUGCACUUUGCAACACAUGUUGUAGCAAAAGCAUGACUUACAUUAAUUAUCUACUUCUUUAAAGUAUGAAAUGGAAGAUUGACUGUUACCUAAGCUAGUUAUUAGGUGCAUUUUUACC